GUAAAUAUUUUUGCGGGAACGUGGUGGCGCGAAAUAGUGUCACACUGAAAGGGAAAAGAGAACGAUGCCUGGUAGAACUGUGCAACCUCCUGAGCUGUCUGACAGUAUCAAGAAAAAACUUGGCGAGCUGAAGAAGAACUCAGCGAAGGUGAUAUCACGCAGAAGGGCUUCCUGAAGAAGAAGCACAAGUUGUUUGAGCCAUUUUAUACGGAUGAUAUCCGUGAGAAGGUUCAAGAGUUGGAUGAGGACUUGAAAGAUGAAAGUGUAACAGAGAAAGGAUACUUCAAGAAGCUAGAGAAGCUACUUGACAGUUUUAUGACUGCUACUCCAGAAGAAGUCGGAAAACUGAAAAAUGUUGAAGAGCAAGAAAAUGGCCACUCAAAUGGUACAGAGUGCUCCAGUGCCAACGGAAGUACAUCGAGUGCUAACGGCAGUGCAUCAAGUAGUAACGGCAGUGCAUCAAGUAGUAACGGCAGUGCGUCAAGUGCUAACGGCAGUGCGUCGAGUGCUAAUGGCACUACAUCGAGUGCUAAUGGAAGCUCAAGCUCCAAUGGUGUUAACGGCAGCUUUGCAACACCGAAUGGGAGCUCUUCAUCAGCUCCUACUGAAAUGGCAAACGAUUCAAUGGAUGAUAAGGUAAUAUAUGCCGAUGGUGUUGAAGUGAUGGAGAUUGAGGAGGACGAUGCAGAGGAACACAUCAGGAAGAAGGGAGGAGAGAGCGACAAGGAGAAUGUCAGAAGUACACCUUCACGGAAGGGUCGAUCAAAGAAAGGCAGGAAGUCUCUGAGUGACAGUCAGCCAUCCAUAGCAUCUAUGUUCAGCAAAGGACAAACGUCCAAGAGGAAGUCUGCAGCUGAAGAAGAAAAGACUGAAGUGAAGUCUGAGGAAGAGACUGACCUGAAACGUAUCCGAGUCGAUGGGGAGGAAGAAAAGGAGGAGGAAAGGGAGGUUGUCGUGGUGAAGGAGGGGAUUAAGCCAGUGACGCCCAGGUCGGUGAUUCCCAUCAAAUGUCGUGAGUGCAAACAGCUGCUGGACGACCCUGACCUACGACUGUUUCCUGGCGACCCAGAUGAUGCUGUGGAGGAGUGUGUGGGGUUGUUCGACCCAAAGCUCUCGCUGUUUACUGGUGACGAGAUGGUGGCAGAAAGUGACGAGAGACCGACUCACAAGAUCACCGACUUCAGUAUUUAUGACAAAAACACUCAUCUCUGCCCCUUUGACUCGGGUCUGAUUGAGAAGAACGUCAUGCUGUACUUCAGUGGAGCAAUCAAGCCCAUCUACGAUGAGAGUGUAAGCCCUGAAGGUGGAGUCAGGUGCCGCAAUAUGGGUCCAAUCAAUGAAUGGUGGACGACAGGUUUUGACGGUGGUGAGAACGCCCUGAUCGGGUUCAGCACGGCAUACGCUGACUACUUCCUCAUGGCUCCAAGCGAGGUUUACGCUCCCUUCAUCGACACUAUGAAGGAGAAGGUCCACAUGUCAAAGGUCGUCAUCGAGUUCAUGCAGAACAAUCAAGAUGCUAACUAUGAAGAUCUGUUGAACAAGAUUGAGACGACAGUUCCCCCUACUGGCCUCACCAAGUUCACGGAGGAUGCACUGCUGAGGCAUGCCCAGUUUGUUGUGGAUCAGGUGCAGAGUUAUGAUGAAGCUGCAGAUGAAGAUGAAGGCUUCCUGAUCACCACACCCUGCAUGAGAGCUCUCAUCAAGCUUGCUGGAGUCACUUUGGGAAAGAGGCGAGCGAUGCAGAAACAAAUGCGAGAACCCAAAGUGAAGAAAGAUAAGCCCAAACACACCAUGGCAACAACCACACCCCUCGUGCGGCAAAUCUUCGACAGCAUGUUCAUGGAGCAGAUCGAGGAUAAGGGACAGAUGGGAGCACGGAAGCGACGGUGUGGGAUCUGUGAAAUCUGCCAACAGCCAGACUGCGGAGAUUGCAGUGCAUGCAAGGAUAUGAUCAAGUUUGGAGGAUCUGGGCGCUCAAAGCAGGCUUGUGUGAAGAGGAGAUGCCCCAACAUGGCAGUACGUGAAGCUGAUGACGAUGACGAUGCUGAAGAUGGUGAUGAUGUGAAGCAGGAAGCCAUGGAUGUUCCUCCAAGUCCAGCCAAAAGGCACAAGACAGCAUCAUCAAAAAUGAAGACACAAAUAAGAUGGAUUGGAAAUUGCAUCAAGGAUACCGCAAGCAAGAAGUUCUAUUCAGGCUUCCUGUUAAAUGGAGAAGAGGUGCGAACUGGUGAUUUUGUGUCUGUGAAGCCAGAUGACCCCACCACCCCCAUGUACAUCUCGCAGGUUCAGUACAUGUGGGAGACGUCGUCAGGGGACAAGAAAUACCACGCCCACUGGUUCAUGCGGAGCAGUGAGACGAUGCUCGGGGAGGCUGCAGAACCCAGGGAGCUGUUUGUUGUAGACGAAUGUGAUGACUCUGACCUUGAUGUAAUAGUUACCAAGGUCAAGGUAGUUCACCAGGAGGCUCCUUCCGAUUGGGCCAUGCUGGGAGGAGAAGAGGUCAAGAACACGAUGGACGAGGACACAUACUACUACCAGAAGUGGUAUGACCCCAUCCUGGGGAGAUUUGAGGACCCUCCUGUCUAUGAAAGAACCGAAGAUUCAUUCAAAUACUGCAGGAGCUGUAAACGACUUGACGAACAGAGAAAGAGAAUCUCCACUUCAGUUGGUGAUGAGAUUGAAUCAGUGGACAGAAAUGUCAACCGUCUGUACUAUGACAGCGUGAAGAAGAAUGACACCGAAUACAAGAUUGGAGAUUGUUGCUACAUUCUGCCUGAUGCAUUCGACUUCAAAGUCAAACAUGCACCUGUCAAGAAAGCAAAGUCAGAGGGCAAGGUUGACGAGGAGUUGUACCCAGAAGCCUACAGGAAGUCGUCUUACAUCAACAUCAAGGGCUCCAAUGAGCAGUGCCCAGAGCCAUAUCGUAUAGGCCGCAUCACACAAAUCUUCUGCAAGAAAGCGCCCGGAAGCAAGCUGGUCAAUCUCUCAGAAAUCAAGAUCAUGGUCACAAAGAUGUACAGGCCAGAAAACACACACAAAGGAUUGCAGGCAACGUACCACUGUGACCUCAACAUGCUGUACUACACGGAGGAAGAUCAAGUUGUCGACUUCAAGCUGGUAGAGGGGAAAUGUCAGGUUGUGUAUGGAGGCAACAUAACCUCCUCCCUCGAAGACUACUUCGACAGUGGACCAGAUCGAUUUUACUUUCAUGAGUCGUACAACAGUGCGAGUAAGAUGUUUGAGGAGCCACCUUCAAAAGCCAAACUGAUGGGAGGCAAGGGAAAGGGAAAGGGCAAAGGGAAGGGUAAAGCAAAGGGAAAGUCUGCUGUGGAAGAUGCUGAUCAAAAGGAGGCAGAAAAAGUUCAGGUUCAUCGUCUCCGAACACUUGAUGUGUUUGCAGGCUGUGGAGGUUUGUCUGAGGGUUUCCACCAGGCUGGCAUGGCAGAGUCAAGAUGGGCCAUCGAGAAGGAGGAACCAGCUGCUCAGGCAUUCCGUCUGAACAACCCCGGCUGUACCGUCUUCACAGAGGACUGCAACUUGCUGCUUAAGUGGGUCAUGGAGGGUGAGAAAUGUGACAAUCACGGCCAGAAGCUGCCCCAGAGGGGGGAGGUGGAGCUGCUGUGUGGGGAACCCCCAUGUCAGGGCUUUAGCGGAAUGAACCGAUUCAACUCCCGAGAAUACUCAAAGUUCAAGAAUUCACUGAUUGCGUCUUACCUCAGCUACUGUGACUACUAUCGCCCAAGGUUCUUCCUUCUGGAAAAUGUUCGGAACUUUGUCAGCUUUAAACGCAGCAUGGUGCUGAAACUAACGCUACGCUGUCUGGUCCGCAUGGGGUACCAGUGCACGUUCGGCGUGCUGCAGGCGGGAUGCUAUGGCGUGUCACAGACCAGACGCAGAGCAAUCAUCCUGGCCGCUGCUCCUGGAGAGAAACUACCCUUCUACCCCGAGCCUCUCCACACCUUCAGUAGAAGAGCCAUGCAGCUGUCUGUGGCAGUGGACGACAAGAAGUUUAACUCGAACAUCACCCGAAUAACGUCAACACCAUUCCGCACAAUCACUGUGAAGGACACCAUGUCUGACCUCCCAGAGAUCCGGAACGGAGCCAAGGCCGAGGAGAUCAGCUACAAGGGAGACCCACAAACACACUUCCAGAAAAUGAUCCGUGGCAAGCAGCACCAGCCAAUUCUGCGUGACCACGUGUGUAAGGAGAUGAGUGCACUAGUCCACGCCCGCAUGCAGCACAUCCCUCUGGCGCCAGGAUCCGACUGGCGGGAUCUACCCAAUCUGGAAGUCAGGCUAUCAGAUGGGACCAAGACUAAGAAACUUCUGUACAGCCACCAUGACAAGCGGAACGGCAAGGGUCCGAAGGGAAUGUUGCGGGGUGUGUGCACCUGUGCAGAAGGGAAGAUGCCUUGCGACUCCAUGGACCGCCAAUUCAAUACCCUCAUCCCAUGGUGUCUGCCCCACACUGGCAACCGACACAACAACUGGUCUGGGCUGUACGGGCGUCUGGAGUGGGAUGGAUUCUUCAGUACGACCGUCACCAACCCAGAGCCUAUGGGCAAACAGGGUUGUGUGCUUCACCCCGAGCAGCAUCGUGUGGUCAGCGUACGCGAGUGUGCCCGGUCUCAGGGAUUCCCAGACACCUACAGAUUCUUCGGCACAAUCCUGGACAAGCACCGACAAGUUGGUAAUGCCGUGCCACCACCCAUGUCCCGAGAGAUUGGUCGUGAAAUCAAGAAAUGCCUAGUAUGGAAAACACAACAAGAGAAGAGCCAGACUCCGGCUGAUGACAUAAAGAUGGAGGAGAAAGAGGAAACAGAAGAAAAACCGAAAGUAGAGUCCCCAGUCAAAGCAGGUUCUUCAAAAUGCUAGUCAGACUGCAGGAAGUAAAUAUGGUUGAACAUAUCCUUGCUGAAGCAUUAUUCUGUUAAAAUUGGCAGCAAUGACUGGGCCAACGAGGCCAUGGAAGUGGAUGCUAGCUGAGCCACUGGCGCCAAGGCUAUGGAACCAGGUGGAAGUAGAGGCUAGAUGUACUGAUGAUGAGAAAGCAAUACCUGUAGAGUUAAGGAUUUAUGUGCUAUUAUAAUUAAGGUACACAAUUCAAAUUAACAAUGCUUUGUGUUUACAUGUGACUAAUAAUUCCAACUCACUUAGAGAGGAGUAUCAAGCCUGGGUAUUGUGGAAAAGGCCCAAAAGAGUGAUAAGUUACAUGAACAUCGCAAGACAGAGCAUCCUCGAUAAUCUCCUUUGUAAACGUUCCAAUAAAUCUCCACUAGUACCCUGGAUUCAUCUAUAAUUGUAUUACCUCCCUUUGCUGACUUUUUAUCCAGUCAAGUCAAGGUAAGUUGAGCGUACCAAUCACAAGGCUUCUAUCGUAACGAUUAAACCCCUGAAUGAGGUAGAAAGAUUUCUUGCUUAUAUCUUUUUAAGGUUUCAGACCUGUCAAUUUGUCUGCAUGAUUUUUUCCCUAAAUCUGAGACACACAGCGACCAAACAUUUGCAGCUACAGCCACCAUCUUUGUUAGCAAGAUCAGUUGUAACUUAUAUGAUUGGCUACUGUGAGAAGGCGGAGCCAGCAAAGGGACGUAAUACAAUUAUCAGGCAGAGCCUUAGAUGCAUCAAGGGUACUAGCGGAGACAUUUCGGAACGUAUACCCUGGAGAUUAUUGAUGACGAAGACCGUUGUAACACAGGAUUUAUCAUCUGUGGAGCUAUUGGCCAUCCAGGAAUUCACACAGGAACACUUAUAUUAUCAGUAGUGUAUCAGGCCUCUGGCUAAUGACUGUGCUGACGCACAAAUACUGUCGAGAAAUACCUCUUGUAAUCAAACAUGGUGAUAGGUAAAUACUUAGUGACAAUAAUCAAGCAUUUGAAAGUUAUGAGGAGUGAAGUUUUAAUAGGAGCAUUGCACCUGUGAGGUAAUUUUAUUCUACACAUGAAUUUUGUCCUCACAAGUGAGUCAUUAGCCAAAAAUAUUCUUUAACAAUCUUGAUUAUAACUUCUGUUUUUACAGUAUAUUUUUAAAAAAUGGUUUGACAGCUUCAGCAUUGUUUUCUCUGCAUGCUCAGGUCUUAGCCUACCUUGUUGGAUCAACUGUACCACAUUCAUGCGGGUGUAUGUAUAAAUCAUUUCUUUUCUAUCAGGAUUUUAAACUUAUUUAUUUCAAAAAAAUAUUUUCGUUCGCAGGUUUCAAUACAUACCAGUUUCCAGCAAGCUAUAUGUCAUUUUCAUGUCUUAGUUUAUAUCCAUUGGCAGUCUCUGAGGGGUAAACUGCUGAUAUUAAUUACUGUUUGUAGUCAUCCUGAGUUGCCUCCCUUAUUUGGGGUAGGAUAUUCUUCUGCAAAUCCUGUAUUUUCAUGACUAUGAUCAUCAGUGUCCACACAGUGCACUUUCAUGGGUUUACCAAUGUCCAAAAAUUGUUUAACAUUCUAAAUUAAGCUAACAUUCUCGACAUCACUUAACUGCUUAUGACUUGUUGACCGUGGUACACAAGUGGGCUGUUGUCUAAUAAUGUUCGCAUGUCUUCUUGGUACCAGUAUCUUCACCAUUCACAAAGAAACCAUUUUAUGUUGAAGAAUGAGGACGAUUUUAAUGGAUAUACAACUUCUUUAUUGUGUAUAGGCGACGUUUCGACUAAAGACAAUAGAGAAGUUGUAUAUCCUUAAAAAAUAGUCCUCAUUCUUCAUCUUCUCAACUUCUAGAAUGCCAAAGAAGUCAUAUUCUAUGUUGGAGGAAGCUGAAUUCUACAGAGCAAAGGAUGACUAGCGAUAGAGACUGAUAUACAGCAAUGUGCCCUGCAUAUAUAGUUGGAUUCUUAUCGCAAAUUUAAGUUUGUUAUAUUAGAUGGAAGCUGCUUAUUUCAGAUGUGUUCAUGAGAGCAGAUUGCACUGCUUGGAUGUGAGUCAAAACAAUUUUAGUAAUUGACGGCACUCGAAUAUCAUGAAAUCUGUCAGAGACUUGAUUAUGAAAGAGGUUUUAAUUUUUGGUCAAAUUAUUAUUUUUUUAAUUUUUAAAUCAAUGAAAAAGUCAUUUUUAUGGCAGGAAAAUUAGGAAAAAUAUUUCACUUUUGUUUUUUUAUCAAUACUUUGAAGGUUUCAUUUUAUAUAUGGCCUCACUACCAUAACUUGUAUAGAAGUUUGACUACUCAUUGUCCUCACUAUGUAAUAACGCUCAUAUCGUCACUUCGAGACAGAAAUUGUAAAUAAACUCAAGUGUAUAUAAGGUUCAUAGUGCUCUGUUCUUUACAUUCUUCAUUCACAUAUGAUCUUAUUUCUUGUUCAUUUAAUCUCAUCACUGUCAUUCUAUACAUAUGUAUAUUUAAAAUAUCUUGUUCAUUUAUCAUGUUUACUUUUAGUACCAAAGUGAUAUAUAUAUAUACCGGUAUAUGUACCUAUUGUUACAAUGUUUCAAGUGUCAGUGUAUCAUGCAUCAGUGACAAGAAAUUAUGAAGAACAAAGUUCAUGCUUCUAAAAAAAAAUAAGUUUGACAUCAAUGGAAAGAUGAGUGUCCCAACAUGAAAUCACACUUGUACACUCUUAUCCAACUUGUAUGUAAUAAAGUACCUACUUUUAUUUCA